AUGUCUUCAAACGGUGAAAACUCCGAAAGCCAUCCGUUGGUACCACGUGGACCACCAAAAAAGAUGACAUGGAAAGAACUCGUAAAAGAGCAAGCCGACAAGGAUAACUUGAAGGGUGCUACAUGUGCAGUCUACUCGAAAAAUAUGAAUGAUCCCAAUCAUCAGGAAACUCAAUGCGUUUGUGGUCGUUUAGCUAGUCAACAUAGUUUCAUUGGUCAACCAAAAACUAAAUUUAGAAAUGCUCAAAGAUGGAUACCACAGCUUGCUAUUGAAGUGGAUGUGACUCACUAUGGACAAUUAGAAAAUGGUGCUCGAUUUAUUCGAUGUGAUACAGAAAAUGAUACAUUUAAAACACUUGUCGAGAUUAUUGUCAAAGAUGUGGGUGCCAAACCCAAACUACUUGUUAGUUGUUAUGGUGGAGCGGAAUAUUUCACCAUGACUGAUGAUCUAGAAAGAGAGUUUAUGAGUGGUAUUGGUCAAGUGGCAGCUACAAAAGAUGUAUGGAUACUAACAACUGGCUUGAAUAGUGGUGUAUCUGGUCUUAUUGCUGAAGGUGUUCAUCGUAACAUAUUGUUAAGUGAGGAUAUAUGGAAGCCGAUUGCUUUAGAAAAUCAAUCAACAACCCCUCAAGAUUUAGGGAGAUCUUUGCAUGAAAAUGUCGAAAAAGCACUUGAUAAAUAUCACACGCAUUUUCUUCUGCUCGAUGAUGGCCGUCUUAAUCAUUAUCUUAAUGAUGGUCCUCGCUCCGAGUUUGUCAAAGCAACGUGCGGUCAAACACAUUGCCAUGCUAUAACGAUCAUUGUGGAAGGUGGUCUGAAUACACUCGAAGUGAUUCAAAAUGAUUUGAAUGCUCAGAGACCGAUAGUAAUUGUUCAUGGAAGUGGUCGCUUAGCUACUGUUCUUGGUAAUCUGCUUGAAAAGGCAGGAAAAACAGCUACCAUUACGUAA